AUGAAUUCCUUAAACCACACUGCUGUUAGCCACAUAGUCUUCCAUUUGCUGGGCAUUCCUGGCCUUGAGGACCAGCACAUGUGGAUUUCCAUCCCUUUCUUCAUUUCCUACAUCAUCACCCUGCUUGGGAACAGCCUGCUCAUCUGCAUUAUUCUCAAAAAGCGCAGCCUCCACGAACCCAUGUACCUCUUCCUCUGCAUGCUGGCAGGAGCAGACAUUGUCCUCUCCACGUGCACAGUACCUCAGGCCUUGGCCAUCUUCUGGUUCCAUGCCCGGGAGAUCUCCCUGGAUCGCUGCAUCACUCAGCUCUUCUUCAUCCAUACCACCUUCAUCUCUGAGUCAGGCAUUUUGCUGGUGAUGGCGUUUGACCGCUACAUUGCCAUAUGCUACCCACUGAGAUACACCACUAUUCUUCCACGUGCACUGAUUGGGAAAAUUGGUGUGACUAUCUCUCUGAGAAGUUAUGGUACCAUUUUCCCCAUAAAGUAUUAUGGGAAGUAUCUUUUGAAAAGAUUGACUUUCUGCCAAAAUAAUAUUAUUCCACAUACCUACUGUGAACACAUUGGCUUGGCCAAAUAUGCUUGUAAUGACAUUCGCGUGAACAUCUGGUAUGGAUUUUCCAUCCUAAUGUUAACAGUGGUUUUAGAUGUUGUGUUAAUUUUUGUUUCCUAUGUGCUGAUUCUCUGUGCCAUCUUCCACAUCCCUUCCCGAGAUGCUCGCCACAAAGCUCUCAACACAUGUGGUUCCCAUGUCUGCAUCAUUGUCCUCUUUUACGGGCCUGGGAUCUUCACCACCCUUACUCAGCGGUUUGGACGCCACACUCCACCUCAUACCCACAUCUUGUUGGCUAACGUCUGCAUGCUUGCCCCACCUAUGCUGAAUCCCAUCAUAUAUGGGAUCAAGACCAAGCAAAUCCAAGAGCAGAUGGUUCAUGUGUUGUUUACAAAACAGAAAUUACUUUGGUUUAAGAACUGA